CUUCUAGUUCUAGUAAACGAUAGUUCGUUUCGUAUUUUCGAGUGAAAUAUUAUUGAAAUUACAGUGAUUUUCUACAGAGUUUUGUGCAUAACGUGUAGUGAAGUUAAAAGGUGAUAUUUGUAGCUAGUUAUUACAAUUUUAUAAUCAUGAGUGUCGAAGUAAACAAAGAGUUAAACGAGUUAACAGUGAAGCGUCGCUCUGUAAAGGGCAGAAUUACGAAGUUUAGCAAGUAUUUAAAUUCUUUACCGGCUGGAGACCUAUCAGUUCAGGAUCGCAGCCAGUUAUGCACGAAGCUCGAGAAGUUUACUGUGAUGUUUGAUAGUUUUGACGACUUACAAUCACGUAUUGAAGUCUAUAACGAGGAUAAUUUGGAUGACGAGUUGCAAGAACGUGAGGAAAUAGAGGACAGUUUUCAUAGCAACAUAGCAUUCGCUAAGGUCAAGUUAGGCACAAUUUCCCUUGCCGAAACGAGUGGACAGGCAGAGCGUGAGAGUGCAACAUACACUCCCAAUGAUUCACAAUGCGCUCAUAGCUGCGGAGGUCAGCAAGAUCUUGGUUUCCGCCUUCCAGUCAUUCAAAUCUCAAACUUUGAUGCUAAUCCAGUAAAUUUCGAACAAGUCAAUCGAGGUCUGCAUUGUUUUGUCUGCAAGGGCAAGCAUAGAAUAUACGACUGUCCAGCGUUCCUGUCCAUGAGCAUCGAGGAGCGGAUACAAAAGGCUAGUUCACUGAAGCUCUGUCUGAACUGUCUGCGGAGCGGCCAUAUUGCAGGCGCUUGCAGGUCCAAGUGUGUCCAUCUCGAGGCGGUGAGUGAAUUGUCGAGAGACGCAUUCAUGUUAACACUGCGUAGGUUUAUCGCUCGCAGGGGUAAGCCGAAUGACAUUUUUUGUGAUAAUGGGAGGAAUUUUGUUGCUACUGCUAGGGAGCUAGGUACGUUUUUAUCUAACAAUUCUGACCUCAUUGCGCAUGACGCCAGCACUCAUAACAUAAAUUUUCACUUCUCCCCUGCUUACGCACCUAAUUUUAAUGGACUUGCAGAGGCCGGAAUAAAAUCUGCUAAAUUCCAUUUAAAGCGCAUACUAGGCAAUUCUCAUUUAACGUUUGAAGAGAUGUCUACUCUUUUUGCACAAGUCGAGUCAAUCCUUAAUAGCAGACCCCUGUGUCCCUUGUCAUCAUCCCCUAACGACUAUACCCCCCUUACUCCGGGACACUUUCUGAUAGGCAGACCACUAAUGUCACUGCUAUCGCCUUCUCUAGAAGACGAAAAUGCAUCCCGCCUGAACCGCUACCAGCGCAUCGAGCAAGCUAGAGAACAUUUUUGGCGCCGGUGGCAAUCCGAAUAUAUCUCCGAGCUGCAACAAAGGCUUAAAUGGCGUAUUCGUUGCAGAGAUCUGAGACCUGGUGACUUGGUGCUCAUCAAGGAGGACAACACGUCACCACUCCAGUGGCGCUUGGGUCGUGUACAACAACUCUUCCCGGGCGCAGACGGCAUUCCGCGCGUCGCUGACGUGGCUACCGCCAGGGGCAUCGUGCGACGAGCUCUAUCGAAGAUCUGCUUGUUGAAAGCGGACGCUUCCAACGGGGGCGACGAUGUUAGCACCGUACGCUAGGCAACACUGCUUCCGCCCCUCCCCCCCCGACCAGCGGAUGUUCGCGCCCCGCGCAACAACGCUCUCUCCACCGCGCCACGCCCGACCGCAACGACGCUCUCGAAAUACUACGCGAUUUUAACCUAACAACGACCUUGUAAUUGAUAUAUA